AUGUAUUCCAAGUUCUGGCCCAAAGGCGGGCUGCCAGGGAUUUUGCAUCAUUAUACGGAGAGUCUUGUCACGUUCGAAUAUGCGUCACAUGGCGCCCAUCAACCUCAUAGUAUCCUCUUUGUCGGCGGUUUGAGCGACGGUUUGGGAACAUCAUCAUACACGGUCGACGUUGUACGUGCCUUACAGUCGACACCGUGGUCAUUCUUCACGCUGAAUCUCUCGUCGUCAUAUCGAUCAUGGGGUCUCGGACAUCUUGACAGAGAUACGGACGAGAUCGCGCGAUGUCUACAAUAUAUCAAGGAGUAUAAGACCGGCAAAUAUGGCAACGGCUGCAAGAUUGUACUGAUGGGCCAUUCUACCGGAAGCCAGUGUGUCUUGCAUUAUUUACAUCGGCCAAAUCCUCAUACUAGUACUUCACGCUUCGAUCCCGAUCUGGAGCAUCAGCAACGGCCGAUACUUGACGGAGCAAUCAUGCAAUCUCCUGUUUCUGACAGAGAAGCUGUUCAGUCUGUCCUGCGUGAUGGUAUUGGGGACAACUCGUCAGCCGAAUGCAGUGCAGCAUAUGAGAAAGCGCUUGAGCUGGCCAGAAAGGCUGCCAGUCUUGAUGAGUGCUACGACACUAUUUUGCCUAUAUCUUUAACUUCUGUGUUUGGUUUUGGAGGCGACACACCCAUCAGCUGUCGAAGAUUUAUGAGCCUUGCAAGUCCUGACAGCCCACGCACGCCCGAAGAGGACGAUCUUUUCAGUUCUGACUUGAGCGACGAGCAGCUUGCGAAAACAUUCGGGGCUAUAGAAAAGCAAGGUUUACUGAAGGGCAAGUUGAUGGUGGCACCGUCAGGGGCGGACCAAUCAGUCCCCGAUUGGAUCGAUGUAGAGAAGAACCUGCGGCGCUGGAAGGAUGCCACUAACCACGGGUGUAAAUUCCAAUUCUGGGAUUCAACGCACAGUGGGGUGGUACCUGGCGCUUCCCACGCCUUGAGCGACGAUGACCAAGCUGGGCCAAGGAAGAUUUUUGUGGAGAGUUUGUUGCGAUACCUUCGAGAUUCUGUGGGAUCGGAGAAAUGA